ACAAUACCAAUUGGGAUUCUAUGUCGCUGCAUCCAUUUUUGUGUAUUUAAGAUAUCUUCAAGGAUUUCCAAACCUGGAGAAAAGCGAGGCACCUGUGCAGAGGGACUCAAAAGGGAAGCAAACAUUUAUUAUGAGAUGCAAAAUAACUUGUCCAGGACGAUGACAGCGAUGGGUUAGGAAGGAUUGAACAGGAUGAUGGCCAAAUAAAAGGCAAGAGGCGAUUUCACAUCAUCACUGAGAUCUGGAAUAACAACUGAGAUCUGCUUAUUUUAUUGACAAUGCAUCGCUGCAUUAUUUUUAUUCCCUUUGUGUUGAGGAAGAGGAGAUUUUUAAACAGGAAUACGAUAAUUUCAAUAGCCAUUGCCUUUAAAGGACCAGCUGUGUCCCUUCUUCUAUUGCUCAAAGAAUGAUUGAUGUAAUUGAUCUAAAAUCUAAAAGAGCUUAUCAUUUCAAUAGUAGUAUUAUAACUUAACCACCUCUGUUAGUGUUUUAAAACAUCAUAACGUUCAUCAGAGAUACUGCUGUGGGUCAUGAUGCUUUGAUUCCUGAUUCCUACCAAAACCCACCGAAGAUUGAUCAAAUAGACCUUGCAUUCAUCAUGGAUUAAGUCUGGUUAUUGAUCUUCUUUAGCAUCGGCGUGUAAAGAUGUCAGCUCCAGCCGUGCCCCGCAGCGGGCCUGUCCUGCCGGAGAUGCCGGACCUGAGCCACCUCACCGAGGAGGAGAGGAAGAUCAUCCUCGGUGUCAUGGACAGGCAGAAGAAAGAGGAGGAGAAGGAGCAGACCAUGUUGAAGAAAUUGCACCAGCAAUUUGAAAUGUAUAAGGACCAGGUGAAGAAGAUGGGGGACGAGGCACCGAUCACCCAGGAGCAGAAGAGUGAUGCACCCACCUGCGGAAUCUGCCAUAAAACCAAGUUUGCCGACGGCUGUGGCCACCUCUGUUCUUAUUGCCAAACCAAGUUCUGCGCUCGCUGUGGAGGAAGAGUUUCACUGCGCUCUAACAAGGUGAUGUGGGUAUGCAAUCUGUGCCGAAAACAACAAGAAAUCCUCACCAAGUCAGGGGCCUGGUUCUACAGCAGCCCAGGGGGUGUCCUUCCCUCAGGUGCGAGUGACCCUCGCUGCCGCCACGAAGAGGCUCCACAGGAGAAGAAGGCCAAACUGCAGGAAGCCCCACUGCUGUACCAGGGUCCUCCAGGAGACCGUAGCAGAGCUCCAGGACUCCCGCGACAGGCGUCCCUAAAUAACGACUCUAGUCUGAAGCCUAACGAUCCUCUGAGCAUCAAGAAAAGAAGCCCAUCAGCAACCAGGGAUCCAAACCAAAAAUACGACCAAAGGGAGGAGAAGGCAGAGCGUUCACAGUAUGCCCCAGGGGCGGGCGGCAUGCCACGAUCGCCGUCUGACUACGGGGCUGGAGACCGCCAGUGGCGUGGAGGCUACGGUCGCUCCUACGAGGAUGCGGAGGUAGCGAGGAAUGCGUACCGUGCUCGACGGGGUGGCUGGCACUCUCAGGAAGAAUAUCCACCUGAAGCUGGCUUCCUGCCCGAUGGCCCGCCUCUCAGCGAGCAUGAGCUUCAGCGGCAACGGCAGGAGGAGUACCAGAACCGCUACCGCAGUGACCCAAACCUGGCCCGCUACCCAGUCAAACCACAACCUUAUGAGGAACAGAUGCGCAUGCAUGCGGAGGUUUCACGGUUUAGGCACGAACGGCGCCACAGUGAUGUCUCCCUGGCAUACACAGAGAUGGAGGAGCCCUUCGGGCCCCCGCGGGAUACCCACUACUCACCAGGUCCUGGACACACCCACUGGAGGUCCAACCACAGUCCACCCGACGUGGACUCCCUCAAUAGGCAGCAGCACCUGGAUCCCGUCUCAGCCGUACGGAAGAGUAAACGAGAAAAGAUGGAUAGUAUGUUGCGGAACGACUCGCUCAGUUCCGACCAAUCAGAGUCCGUCAGGCCGCCGCCACCCAAACCUCACAAGACCAAGAGGGGUGGCAAAAUGAGGCAGGUGUCCCUGAGCAGCUCAGAGGAGGAACUGGCCACUACACCGGAGUACACCAGCUGUGAAGACGUGGAGAUCGAGAGUGAGUCUGUGAGCGAGAAAGGAGAUUUGGAUGGCCACUGGUGGGAUCAUACAACGUGGCAUAGCAACGAUGCUUCCUCCAUGUCUUUGCACCCGGUCACAUGGCAGCCCUCCAAAGAUGGAGAUCGACUCAUCGGCAGGAUUCUGCUCAACAAGCGCAUGAAGGAUGGCAGCGUCCCCCGCGACUCUGGAGCUCUUCUGGGAUUGAAAGUGGUUGGAGGAAAGAUGACAGAGUCUGGGCGACUAUGUGCAUUCAUCACCAAAGUAAGGAGAGGGAGUUUAGCGGAGACAGUUGGGCAUCUCAGACAAGGUGACCAGGUCCUAGAGUGGAAUGGCCGAAAGUUGCAAGGAGCCACAUUUAAAGAAGUUUACAAUAUCAUUUUAGAAUCAAAGCCAGAGCCUCAGGUGGAACUAGUGGUCUCAAGACCCAUUGGCGAUAUCCCCAGGAUACCAGAAAGCACACACUCACAACUGGAAUCCAGUUCGAGUUCAUUUGAGUCUCAGAAGAUGGAGCGUCCCUCCAUAUCUAUCACGUCUCCCAUGAGCCACGGAGUGCUGCGGGACGCCCCACAGUACUUGUCGGGACAGCUUACAAGCCAAAGCCUUAGUAGAAGAAUUGAGCCUUUUAACCCUAAAGUUCAGGUCAAACUUUGGUAUGACAAAGUCGGCCAUCAGCUAAUCGUCACCAUUCUGGGUGCAAAGGACCUGCCUUCAAGAGAAGACGGCCGACCGCUCAAUCCUUACGUGAAGAUCUACUUCCUCCCUGACAGAAGUGACAAAAGCAAAAGAAGAACAAAAACAGUAAAGAAAUCACUAGAGCCCAAAUGGAACCAGACCUUUAUGUAUUCCCCCGUCCACCGGCGGGAGUUCAGGGAACGCAUGCUGGAGAUCACGCUGUGGGACCAGGCCCGAGUCCGAGAGGAGGAGAGCGAGUUCUUGGGAGAGAUCCUCAUAGAGCUGGAAACAGCACUGCUGGACGAUGAGCCGCACUGGUAUAAGCUACAAACACAUGACGUCUCAUCGGUACCCCUACCGAAGAGCUCCCCCUGCCUUCAGAGACGAGCGCUGCAUGGAGACAGUCCCACACGCAGACUGCAGAGGUCUCAGAGGAUCAGUGACAGUGAGUUCUCAGACUAUGACUGUGAUGAUGGUGUUGGCGUCGUAUCAGACUUUAGAAACGGCAGGGACCUCCAGAGCUCCACCCUCUCUGUGCCGGAGCAGGUCUUAUCAUCCAAUCACUGCUCUCGGUCAGCCGACAUCAACCGAGCGCGCUCACGGUCUCCCAGCAUGCCCCCUACUCAGAGUCAUUUUCUCACCUUACCUCGAACCCGACACAGUCAGCCUCAUGACAGUCAGCUGGAGGAACUCAGGAAUUACGGCGAUCCGGACAGGCACGAGUAUCACCACAGGUCCCGUUCUGCAGACCAGCGGUCCGUGCUGGAGCGGCCCAUGCACAGUCGCUCUCGCUCCACAGAGCGGCCGCCCGAUAGACCCCACAUGAGAUCAUCGAUGCCCUCCCUGCAGUCAGGACACUCUGCUCCACCCUCCCCUGCCUUACCAAGGGUGCAUCCUCGUGGUGGGUCGGUUCAGACCAGCCCCACCGGGACCCCCGUGAACAGCAGGAGAGGACGACAGCUCCCACAACUGCCUCCAAAAGGGACGCUGGAAAGAAGUGCUAUGGAUGUUGAGGAGCGGACGCGGCAGAUGAAACUGAAGAUGAACAAGUACAAACAGGGAACAGGCUCAGACUCCAGACUGGAACAGGACUAUCACAAGCGUUCAGGCAGGGAUCCUCAGCGGGGAGAAAACCUCUCGGCCAAGUCUUCGGACAGUGAUGUUAGCGACGUGUCCGCUGUGUCGAGAACCAGCAGUGCGUCUCGAUUCAGCAGCAUGAGCUACAUCUCUGUCCAAUCAGAACGGCCGCGGGGCAGCCGCAAGAUCAGGCAAAUGGGAACGGCGGCCGGGGGCAACAUGACCAAGAGCACCAGCAUCGGCGGAGACAUGUGCAGUCUGGAGAAGACCGACGGCAGCCAGUCGGACACGGCCGUGAGCCUGGUGGGAACCGUUGACAAGAAACGGCGCUCCAGUAUCGGUGCCAAGAUGGCGGCGGUCGUGGGGUUGAGCCGAAAGAGCCGCAGCGCAUCGCAGCUCGGCCAGACAGAAGCAGGAGGAAAGAAGCUGCGCAGCACUAUCCAGAGGAGCACGGAGACGGGACUGGCUGUAGAGAUGAGAAGCAGAAUGACCCGGCAGGCCAGCCGAGAAUCCACUGACGGCAGCAUGAACAGCUACAGCUCAGAGGGAAACCUCAUUUUCCCCGGAGUGAGACUCUCUUCUGACAGUCAGUUCAGUGAUUUCCUGGAUGGACUUGGCCCCGCCCAGCUUGUGGGGAGACAGACAUUAGCCACACCCCCUAUGGGUGACAUUCAGAUCGGGAUGGUGGAAAAGAAAGGAGCUCUAGAGGUAGAGAUCAUCCGAGCCAGAGGCCUUGUGGGAAAAUCAGGUUCUAAGGCACUGCCAGCCCCUUACGUAAAGGUGUAUUUACUGGAGAACGGCGCCUGCAUAGCCAAGAAGAAAACUAAAGUAGCACGAAAAACACUGGACCCUCUUUACCAGCAGCAGCUGUCGUUCGAAGAGACCCCAGGAGGAAAGGUUUUACAGAUCAUUGUGUGGGGAGACUAUGGACGUAUGGACCACAAAUCCUUCAUGGGAGCCGCUCAGAUACUUUUAGAUGAUCUGGACUUGUCCAACAUGGUUAUUGGCUGGUUCAAACUUUUUCCUCCCUCUUCAUUGGUCGACUCAACCUUGGCCCCGUUGACCAGAAGAGCUUCCCAGUCAUCUCUCGACAGUGGGUCUGGGCCGUUCGGACGCUCGUAGCAGUUUUCUGAAAUCUAGCGUUAUUGUAGCAGCCAUUGGGUGGAGUUUGAGAUUUGCGACAGGUCCCGCCCCCCCGGUAACACUGCAUGCUUGAUGUUGUGUGUUCAGAGCUUGUUUCUUAGGGGUGAAAAAAGCGGUCGCAAAAAAAUGCUGCACAAAUUGUGUGCAAAAAGAGCAACCCCUAUAGGGCAAGGACGAGACAAAGCUGGAAAAUUGUCUCCUUAGCUUGAGGAACGUCACCAUUCCUGCUUUUAGAUCCUAUUUGAAGCCAUUUGAGAUGAGUCUGAACUGAGAACUGACCCAUCGAGUUCUUCAGAAGCCCUUUUUGAAAUGGGGUGAAAUGUUCUUUUCAACUUUCUUUUCCCAUUUAUGUUUCUUCUAAUGUUGUAUGUAUUUGUAUCUACAUGGGCUAACAGUGUUCCUUGGGUCAAGCCAUGCCAACAGACCCAGAAAUGUACACACAAAACAAGAAUAUGACAUGGGAAUGAACACCUCACUCCCCAGUCAGCCGAGAGAUGAAAUGUAUAGGCUUGAUUUCUCUUUUAAGAUCAAAUUGAAGUACUGUACUUCUCUUGAUACCGUAUGAAACCUAAACAAGAAAUAAUGAGGUUUUUUUGUUGCAUGGAGAAAACUUUAGCUGAACCUAAAAAUAAAAGUGGAUAGAAGAUAAUUUUCUCAGACUGCUACUUGCAACAAAAAAAAAGAUGACGAGAAAAAAAAAAGAAAAAUGUGUCAGAUCAGCCAUUUUCAACAAUUUCUAUUAUUUGUAAAGAUAAAUUUCGCUAGUGCAUGAUUUUCAUGGGGAGUGAAUGCUACCGUGUGAUUAAAAAACAAAACAGAAACAAACCAUGAAACCUUGUUUUGUGUCCUGUAGACCGUUCAUUGGUCUCUCUACUGUAUUUUUACAGACAAGCAGAUAAAUGACAAGUUGAACAUUUUAUUUACAGUGAGAAAUCUGUUCAUGUGACAAAUAUGUAAAAAAAAAAAAUGUCUAUGAUUUAUUAUUGUAAAGGCGUAAGCCUUAUGAAGCUAAAGAUGAUGUGCAAAUUGUACGUUUCUCUACUUCUCCCUUGUCCCAGGGUAAACUCUCUGUACUUAUCGUUUCGGUCGUCAAAUUUUUCAUUGUUCCAGUACUUUUAGAAUUUUCAUUUUCAGGGCUUGUUCGUUUCCUACAGCUCUUCUAGUUUUAAUCUAUAUAUUGUUUUGGAGUUCGCUCGUUUAAAAAGCAUGUUGAAAAGGGUUUUUGGCAACAUGGCUUGGGCACAUCUUACAUUAACUCAGCAUGUUUUGAUAAAGACGAUAUUUGGAGAGAAAAGAAAAAGCGGUUUGUUGUACAGUGCAUGUCGACGGCGAUCCUCUCUCCCCCUUCACCCUCAAUUGGAUUUUAGUGAAAAUUAGGCAGUGGUCUCACACGGACUAGAAGGGCAAAAUUCCGAAUGAACAUUCCACCCUGUAAGUUCAUACUUUGACAAAUUUAAGGGAAAAACGUGACCAGGGAUUUUUAUAUCUUUACGGAAAUAUGAGCUGCAGUAUUCCUGACAAAAGAGCCCAAAAGUUCACAAGGUCUUUUUACCGGAGAUGGCUGCAGCUCGCUGACUUUCGCAGUAUUGUGCUGUACAGUUUUCCGAGCAUGAUGCUGUCUGCAGAGAAAUGCACAUCGGGACGAUGAUAUUUGCCACACAAUAUAACUGGUUUUUAUUUCUUCGUUUCAAGGAAGCAAGUCAUUUAAUAUAUUUUUGUUAGUUUAUUUACAAGCCAAGACCUAUUUAUAUUUUAUUUUCUAUUUUUUAGUAAUAAUCAGAGCUUCUUAUAUCGGAGAAGUUUAUGAAUCAUAGUUUUAUUGCCUGAAUGGAAAUAUACACUGAGACAUUACACCUCUUCCUUUGAAAAUAAACUCUUCUGAUUAACCAAUAUGAUUUUUUUAAACUUAUCAAGCUUUCAGUGUACUUAUGAUUUUUGUGUUAAGUCUGUCACAAUCGACAGAAUUCUAAUAGAAAUCUCUAUUAAAGCAAACUCUCUAGAUAUUGUCAUCUUAUGGAAUUGGGAUAAUGUCUCAUGAUGUCAAAGGUAUGUUCUGUUCCAAAUCAUUGGAAUUCAUUUUUUUUUUUUUUUUUUUUUUUUUUUUGGUGCAAUGUGUUCAUGCCAAGGCUAUGUCUUGGUCAAGUAUGGUUGAGUACAGAGAUUUAUGUAAGUUAUUUUUCAAAUUAAAAAAUAAAAAGUGGAUAUUACACUGGAAAAUGAGCAUUUGCAAACAACAGCAA